GCGUCGUGUUCUUGUUCAGUUCAUAAUCCCGUGUUUCCCGGCGGUGGCUGAUCGGUCCUGGGAGGCAGCAGCUCCACAUCUGAGCGCCUCUGGACUCUGGAACUUGUCCUACGUCAACAGGGGAGCGCAGCGCGUCGCAGCCCUCAGAGGAGACGCAGCAGAGGCGGUGCGCAACGGCCACAGCCGAACAUCUCCAAAUGUCACCGGACGCAGAGGAGUGCGCGCGUCUCUGAGCGGUUUUCCUGCAGGUGGACAUGUUGAGACCGCGCGUAAAGACGCACUAAAAAGAAGCUACGACGCCUUUUCCCCUGCAGCUGAGGAGGAAGGAGCAGGAUGUUGGCGAGGAAAAGCAUCAUCCCGGAGGAGUUCGGUCUGCCGGGCCUCGCCUCCCGCAUGCCCCGCAAACCGGUGUUCAGGGACCGCGUCAACAAGGCGCGCUUCAUCGCCAAGAACGGCUCGUGCAACCUGGCGCACAAGAACAUCCGCGAGCAGGGCCGCUUCCUGCAGGACGUGUUCACCACGCUGGUGGACCUGAAGUGGCGCUUCACGCUGGUCAUCUUCACCACCACGUUCGUCAGCAGCUGGCUCCUCUUCGCCAUGAGCUGGUGGCUCGUGGCCUUCGCGCACGGAGACCUGGACGCGGACCGCAACACGACGCGCUGCGUCACCGAAGUCAAGUCGUUCAUGUCGGCCUUCCUCUUCUCCAUCGAGGUUCAGGUGACCAUCGGCUUCGGGGGACGGAUGAUCACGGAGCAGUGUCCCACCGCCAUCACCGUCCUCAUCAUGCAGAACAUCGUGGGACUCAUCAUCAACGCCGUCAUGCUGGGUUGUAUCUUCAUGAAGACGGCUCAGUCCAACCGGCGAGCGGAGACGUUGAUCUUCAGCCGUCACGCUGUGAUCGCCGUCAGGAACAACCACCUGUGCUUCAUGAUUCGAAUCGGAGACCUGAGGAAGAGUAUGAUCAUCGGAGCCAUGGUCCGGUUGCAGGUGGUGAGGAAGACGACCACCCCAGAGGGGGAAGUGAUCCCCAUCCAACAGAUCGACGUGCAGACGGACAACGCCGUGGCGAGCAACAGCCUGUUCCUCCUCGCUCCGCUCAUCAUCUGCCACAUCAUCGACAGGGACAGUCCGCUGUACGACCUGUCGGCCAUGGAGCUGCAGUGCAGUGACCUGGAGGUGAUCGUCAUCCUGGAGGGAGUGGUGGAGACCACCGGGAUCACCACACAGGCCCGGACCUCCUACGUCUCCGAGGAGAUCCAGUGGGGUCACCGCUUCGUUCCCAUAGUAACAGAGGAGGACGGGGUGUACUCUGUGGACUACUCCAAGUUUGGCAACACAGUCAAGGUGACGACGCCGCUGUGCAGCGCCAGAGAACUGGACGAGAAGCCGUCCAUCUUAAUUCAAACUCUGCAGAAGAGCGAACUGUCGCACCAGAACUCGCUGAGGAAGCGUAACUCCAUGAGACGCAACAACUCCAUGCGUAAGGGCGCAGGAAGCAGCGGGACCCUGCGCAGGAACAACUCGUCCAAGGUCCAGUUCUACACCCCGGGCGACGGAGGCCAGAACCUGAACAACGUCACCUGACAUGAGGCCCUCCUCCUGCUGGCCGCCCUGCUCCUCCUGGGGGGACGCAGGGUUGUGGGUGUCGGCCUCUCUCCUGCUCUGAUGGGACUCGAUCUGUUUCUGUUAUCUGUCUUAUCCCAACACGGCUGCUGAUGAUGUCACUCCGUGGUUACACACACGGAGUGACAUCAUCAGAUAAAGAUCCUACACAGUGUUUUUUAUAUUUUAUCAAGAGUCAAGUUCAUCCUCAGAGGGAUUUAAAGUCUGUGCAUCAGCACUUUAAUGUCUAAUUAUACUUAAGUGGAGUUUUAAAAGAUAUUUAAAUUGGUCGAUUAAAAGACAGAAGUUCAACUGUUAUUAAAUUUUAUAAUCAUUGAAUCAUUUGUUGGCUCCAACUUCUCACAUAUGAGGAUUUUCUUUAGCUCGUCUUCUCCUGUACUUUGUUUAGUUUUGACCUGAUGGUCGAACAAUGUGACGGACACAUGUCACUAAACUUUUAAAGGUCAACACACAUCUGCAGCGUGAGACGCACAUCAAACCACACACAUUGUUUUCUGAGGUUACAGCCACGCUAAUAUCUUUUACUCUUAAAACAUAUUAUUUUUAAAAACCAACAGAUGAUGUAACGUGUGUUUCCCAGUUUCUUAUUUGCUGAAUCGAGCCUGAUUGUUGUUUUUCUUGUCACAUUCACUUUGGAAAUGUUUCACAUUAAUAGAUUCAUGAAAAACUAUGAAAACUUUAUUAGAUAAUAAAAAUGAUUGAUAGUUGAAGCUCCUUCGUCAAUAAGAUGUUUUCAUAUUUAGCUUCACGCUGCUGACUCGACUUCACUGAAGUGACGAAGACUCAGAUGUGAUGGAGAUAAAUAUCUGCUUGUACAGGAAAUUAAGCUUCACCUGCACAAACACUGUGAAGUCACUACUAGUGUUAACGACUGGGAAUCAAUCAACCAAUCAAUCAAUCAAUCAAUCAAUCAACCAACCAAUCAAUCAAUCAAUCAAUCAUCAACCAACCAAUCAAUCAAUCAAUCAUCAAUCAACCAAUCAAUCACUGUACAUUUGUUUGUGUUAUGUUGUAUGAAAAUACAUUUACUCACUUCAUAUGUUUCCGUAUUUGACCUGAACAAAUGAUCAGAUAUUCAUUCAGUUUAAUACAACAAAAUAAAAGCAUCUAUCUUUACAAAUGUGGUCGUACAAGUGUGUAAAAUAAUAUCUGGAAAUACAAACAUGAAGAUAUAUAUAAUUGCACAUAUAAAUAAAUUCUGUAUAAAACACAUAAUGGGAUCUUGUUGUUUAUCUUUAAUAAGUCCUGGUGGUUUUACCCCAAACAAUAAUAAAUUAAAAAAGAACCAUUGUAAAAUCAAAA